CAGCAAUCAAAACAAGCAUAGAACUCAAAGAAGGAGAUGAGUGAGGUGAAAUAUUCCGGCACAGGUGCCGGCGGCGGACACAUUUGUAUCAUCCCAUUCCCAGCAUGCGGUCAUAUUCUUCCUCUCAUGGACUUAACGCACCAGCUUCUUCUUCGAGGUCUAACAGUGACAAUCAUGGUGACACCCAAAAACCUUAGCUAUCUAAAUCCUCUUCUUGCUUUACACUCUCCCAACGUUAAACCCCUCGUCUUCCCUUUCCCUUCUCACCCUUCCCUCCCUCAUGGAGUCGAACAAAUGCAAGAUCUCCCCAUUUCCUUUCUUCCCCACAUUGUUAACGCCUUGGGAAAACUCUACCACCCUUUGGUUCAAUGGUUUCGAGCCCAACAAUCACCACCCGUCGCGAUUCUAUCUGAUAUAGUGCUCAGUUCUUGGACUGUUAACCUCGCUUCACAUCUCAAUAUCCCAAAUAUCUGCUUCGUUCCUUUCAAUGUUGCUGCAGUUUAUUUCUGGAUUAGUACACCGAGCUUCCUGUUACCCUUUUAUAGGGAAGCUUUUACGAUGAGUAUGCAAAGCGAGGGGCUUGUUUUCAACUCGUUUAAAGAGUUGGAAAGUACAAAAUUGGGUUUAAUCAAGGAGAAAUUCGCUAAACAUUGUAGGGUUUGGGGUGUCGGCCCUUUGCCGCCGGUGAAAGUUGGUGACGAAGGGUUAAAUGAGAGAGGUGGGGCAACUUCAAUACCACCAGAUCAAGUCAUUUCAUGGCUUGAUUCUUGCAAGGUUGAUAAAUCAGUGGUUUACAUCGGGUUUGGGACUCAGAUUACAUUGACGAAACAUCAAAUGAAAGCGGUGGCGUCGGCGUUGGAAGAGAGUGGAGUUCGUUUCAUUUGGGCGGUGAAGGAACCAAUGAAAAGAGCUGAAGAUGGUGAUGAUGAUCAAAGCUUGAUCCCUCACGGGUUUGAAGAUCGAGUUAAGGGACAAGGCUUAGUGAUCAAAGGGUGGGUACCCCAAUUGACGAUUCUUAAGCACCGAGCAGUUGGGUCUUACUUUACUCAUUGUGGGUGGAACUCGGCACUGGAAGCCAUUGUUGCCGGAGUAUUGCUGCUUGCUUGGCCGAUGCAGGCCGACCAUUUUCAGAUAACGAGGCUGUUGGCAGAUGAAGUUGGUGCGGCGAUCAGAGUUUGCAAAGGGUUAAGAAGUGUACCCGAUGCGACCAAACUGGCUCGGAUCUUUGUCGAGUCCACGACAGUGGGACAACCACAAAGAGUUCGAGCCAUGGAGUUGCAGAAAACGGCAUUGAAUGCCAUUAAAGAAGGUGGAAGUUCUUACCAGGCUCUUGAUAAAGUGGCGGAAGAAUUGACUAGCUUUGGUUGCAAUAGAACUGAGAUGAUGAAGACAAUAAGAUCGUCUCUGUAAAAAAGAUUGGCCAUUGUUGUUGCCUUGGCUUAGCUCUGGAUUUUUAAUUGAUAAAAUAAGCUUUAAUCA